CAUCACAUAAUACACACACACACCCACCACUUCUGCCAAUCGAGCCGAAUACUGAUCCAUAUUCCCUGCCAGCUCGAGUCUCAAAACUCUCCUCAUCAAUGCAUCACCUUCAUGCACAGUGAGAGAGAGGACUUCCACUGGAGACCUGAAGGAAAGCUCUUCACAGGGAGUCUGAGACCUCGAGACAGGUGUGUGUGUGUGUGGCCACAAGGCCCAGAGGAGGACAGCAAACAAGACGAAAUACUCCAUCAUGUCCAGUGGGAAAAAUGCACCUGGCACAGAAAAUUUUCCCUACAGGCCUGUCUUGAUGAAUGCAUGGAGGCCUUGGAUCUGUUCCUCAACAACCACUUUAAUGAGAGUUUGGAGAAACUACGGCCACGGUCUAAAGAGAGCAUGUAUCACGCUCUGAUCUAUGCCACAGUAUUAGAGAUGCAGGCCAUGAUGACCUUCCAACACGACGACAUAGUGCAUGCUGGGAACACCAUGAAGAGAGCGCAGGAGGUGUGCCAGAGGUUCCGUAAGAAGUCCGGUAGUCUGAGUCGUCGAGGAGCAAAUGAUGAUGACCUCACAGAAGAGCAUCUCCAUGCUGAAGUGUGUUACGCCGAGUGUUUACUACACAGAGCCGCUCUCACCUUCUUACAGGAUGAGAAUAUGGUGGGUUUUAUUAAAGGAGGAAUCAAAGUACGGAACAGUUACCUCAUAUACAAGGAGCUGCACGCCUUCGUCCAAUCAGAUACAACUUUCAAAGGACCAAACCACAAGCAUUUAGAGGGCGGAGUCUCUUUUGGGAUCGGGGCUUUCAACUUGACUCUUUCCCUGUUUCCUGCACGGAUACUCAAGCUGCUAGAGUUUGCAGGCUUUUCUGGAGAUAAGGAAUUUGGCAUCUCUCAGCUGUACACCGGAGCCACCUCUCACACCCUGCGCUCUAUGCUGUGUGCCCUCCUCCUGCUCUGUUUCUACACCUUCCUCUCCUUUAUUUUAGGUACUGGCGAGGGGGGCGAGGUGGAGGAGGCAGAGAGACUACUGAAGCCAUUUCGCCUGCGAUACCCACGGGGAGCGAUUUUCCUUUUCUUUGCAGGUCGGGCAGAAGAAAUAAAGGGCAACAUUGAUGAGGCGGUGGCGCUGUUUGAGGACGGCUGUAAGGCCCAGCAGGUCUGGAAACAGUUUCAUCACAUGUGCUACUGGGAGCUGAUGUGGUGUUUCACUUUUAAGAGACACUGGAAGAUGGCGUACUUCUACGCAGACCUGCUCAGCCAGGAGAGCCGCUGGUCUAAGGCCAUGUACGUGUACAUGAAGGCGGCUUAUCUCAGCAUGCUUCCAGACUCAGAAUCCCGGCCGUUCGGGGAUAAUGAGGUGGAUCUCUUUAGACAGGUACCAACAUACAAACAGAAGAUAGCCGGUAAAUCUCCGCCCACAGAGAAGUUUGCCAUUCGGAAAGCAAGACGGUACAAAGGCAGCAAUCCUAUCAGACUUCCUGUUCCUGUGCUUGAGAUGAUGUACAUGUGGAAUGGCUUUUCCAUGAUCAGCAAACAGCCUGAGCUCACCGAGGGCAUGAUGGAGACGCUGUUGGAGGCGGAGCGCACCCUACAGGCGGCUCCGGAGAACGAGUACAGUGUGGACGACACAUGUUUAAUCCUGCUUCUGAAAGGCCUGUGUCUGAAGAACCAAGGCCAGAUGCAGGCGGCAGAGGACUGUUUCAGACAGGUUUACAGCAGUGAAAAGAAGCUGAAGUUUGACCAUUAUCUGGUUCCUAAUGCUCUGCUGGAGACGAGUCUCUUGUGCAUAGACACGGGGAGGAAAGAGCAAGCCAUCAAACUCCUGCAGAAAGCCAAGAAUAACUACAAAGAGUACUCGAUGGAGUCUCGUACGCAGUUCAGGGUCCAUGCAGCCCUGAUCAAACUUAAGGCUGACACCAAUGACCAAGAUGAAAUAACAUCUUUGUGAGGAAAGAUGAUCCUAAAUCAACAGCGUCUCUUCUCUGAUGACCAGGUCACUCUAUGGGGAGAAUAUGAAAGAUCAAAGACACAGUGUGGUUUUUAUGCAGUGGCACUGCCUUGUGUUAUUAUAGGAGACACUAAAAACCUCAUUUGUACAUUUCUCCAGCUUUUUUUUUGUUGUUGCCAAAUUGAUGUUUAUUUUAGUUAGUAAAUAGAAAUAAUGAAUGGAUAUUUCUAAUGUAAACUAGGGUUUAAGCUCCUUUUGUGUGAAAGUGUACAUCUUAGGGAGUAUUAGAUAUCAAAUUUAUAUAUUUUUUCCUGUAUUUUUUUUUUUCCAAGUCCUGUACAGGUUUAAUUAAUAAGGGAAAAUAGCUGGAAAACUGACGGUGUUUAAAAAUAAAUUGGACCAACAAUUUUAGACUAAGUUCUAAUGAUUAAACAUGUUGAUUAUUGUAA